AUGAUUGGAGGCCCCCAAGUUAUUUCUGAAUCUGAAUCAAAGUUGCGAUAUUUCUGCCAGCAUCCCAAAUGCGAUAAGAACUUCACCAGAAAGGAACAUCUGUCGCGUCAUGAACUAAAUCACAACCCCAAAGUUCUAUACAAGUGUCAGCUGCCUGAAUGUGGGAAGUCGUUUGUUAGAAAUGAUCUCUUAAAACGUCAUAUUCGGCGUCACGAGCUAAGGAGGGACAAAUUUCAGCGGAGGAACAAUAAGGCCGCUGUCCACUUCAAUAAUACCCCAAUAGUCUUGUCUGGACCAGGCCUGAAAACUUCUCAUGAAAACUCUAGCUCAAGCGAAAUCGAUGCUUUUACAAGGUCUUCCAUUGAUACAUCUGCUCCACUGGAAGCUCGUCCUUCUAUUUCAGAGCAGGGCAACAUGAAACACGACGAUUCGACUCCAAACGGUUCUUCCCAGCCCACCCAAGCUCAUGUCACUUCCAUUCCACAAAGGUCGACUCUGGUUACUCCGAAAAACGAUGGACUUCGAGGUGUUCAAAAAUCUACUAGCUCUGGAAACCUUUUGUCUUGGCUUUUUGAUGAUCUCAGCUCCAAUGAUAACAAUAUUGAGCCCGCCAUGAGGACAAGGAAUGAUUUUUCAGACUUCAUGUUAAGUGAGGAUAUGCUUUUUCAGGAAGCUCCUGGAGUUUCAGGAGGCUUUGCACAUAUAAAUGGCGUAGACAUGGCUUGGAGUGCCCGUCUACCUCCAAUAACUUCUCCGUUGGCAGCUGGUCUUGGAAAUGAAACUACCAAUGAUUCAACAGCACUUGAUAACCGUCGGAUUAAUGCACCCAUAGAAAAUUCUCCCGCUUCGCCCUCAGAUCAUAUUUCCUCCUUGGUUCUGAAUGAUUUGCUGAAUGUGAUACCCAGUCUUAGCCAGCACCCGGACUUCACAGGGCCAAAGAUUGAUUUCUUUUUAUUCAACUAUUGGUCUCUUUAUCACCCUGCCUUCCCGAUUCUUCACAAGCCAUCAUUUUCCAGUGCCCGCUGUGAAUCUCUAUUGCUACUUUGUAUGCUGAUGAUUGGUGCCCACGUCAUAGCUGCAUCGCCCUCGGGCACAGCAGGGUGCCAUUUUCUAGACAUCUGUGAUCCUCGUUCGUUGGCUGACUGUAUAGCCGAACCUGUGAGGUGGGCGCUGUUCACAUCUCCUGACUUUCACCCUCCAGCAAAGCUAUACGUUAUUCAGAGUUUAUUGCUGUUGGAAUGGUAUGAAAAAAACUGCUCCACCAGAAGAAUCCACGAAAGGGGCCAUUUACAUCAUGGUACAACUAUAAACCUACUGCGUCGCACACCGUCACUUGGUGGAAACCCCUUGAAAAGUUCGCAGGAGUUGGAACCUAAUGAACCAGAAACCGUGUACUCGCAAUGGCUAGAAAUGGAGUCCAUGAAGAGAGCAACAUUGAUGUGCUUUUAUAUGGACGCAGUCGAUGCUAUUAGUUUUGGCCACCAAUUGGUGCUCCAUUGUCACCAAAUACAGUUAACGAUGCCAUGUGAUGAUGCUUUGUGGGAAGCGCCAUUACCCGUCAGGAGAAUACCCAAAUCCAUGCCCUUUUUGCUAGCCAUGAAAAGCACUCUGAAUAGAACGUCAUUUAACGCAACACCCUUUGGUCGUAGGAUGGUACUAGCUGGUCUAUGUGCCAUUCUAUUUCAAAUGCAACAGUUAGAUUUGCAAUCUGCUAUUGGCUUGGAGGAGGGCAUGCAUCCUAUUAAAAACUGGCGAGAGGUCAUCAUGAGAGCUUUCACCUUUUGGCGUAACGAAUUGGGCGAAUCAAAAGGGUUAGAUUCCAAAGGAAGGCCUUCUCGUAUAAUUGCUGGGUCUUUGGCGAAUAGUUCGUCCACAUGCACGAGCCCAUACGGCAGUCUCUGCACUAGUUCAAUUUUAGAACAACUUGAAGCUGAUACUUCUUGCAAACAUCCAGUAUUCCACAUGGCUUAUGUGUUUAUGUCAAUCUCUCACUUUGAUUUGACCACAUUCGCAGGAGCUCCAUGGAGAAUGAACGUCAGGCCUAGUGACAGUGAUCAUGCUGCCGUUAAUCGCCGAGUCAAGGAUUGGGCUCGUAGUCUGCAUGGACGAAUUGCUGUAAUCCAUUGCUAUUUAAUGCUAUUUGAGCUGUUCUUGUCCCCAGAAGAUGCACCUUAUGAGUAUAAUCAUCCAUUUGACCCAAACAGUGAUCUCUUUUGUAGAUCCAAUAUUUUGGCACUUUUGACUGUUGUCAUCUGGAACUAUAAUUAUGCUGUGGAUGGAACUGAGUCCAACAUUCUAUUUGGAUCCUCUGAUAAGAAGUUAUCAGAUAUCACACCUGUAGAAAAUGGAUAUGCUUACUUGCGACGAAUUCGCAAGGAGCUUUCGCAGCUAUCUGGAGUAAUGAUCCAUACAAAAGUCAAACACAUCUCUGGCGAUGAGUUUUUCAAAUUGACCUGUCGAUAUGCAGAUCUUCUGCCCAAAGUUCGAAAUAAGCAGAACAUGAGUGGUCUUUGCGUCAUGGUAUCGUCCAUGUUAAUGCAAAGCAGCUUUGCUCUACCAAAAGAAUUAGCCAAAUUGCUCAAUUUAUGUGCUGAACGAAGUUUAGGCUCACCAAGGAAUACCGAACUUCAUAUGUAUGACCAAUAA